UCCACUCCUCCACUCCACCACUCCUCCACUCCUUCGCUCCUUACAUCCUACACUCCUUCGCUCCUGCGCUCCUUCGCUCCUUCGCUCCUGCGCUCCUUCGCUCCUGCGCUCCUUCGCUCCUGCGCUCCUUCACUCCUGCGCUCCUUCGCUCCUGCACUCCUUCGCUCCUUCACUGCUUUGCUCCUUCGCUCCUCCCUUCGCUCCUUUGCUCCUUUGCUCCUUCGCUCCUUUGGUCCUUCGAUCCUGUGCUCCUGUGCUCCUCUGCUCCUGCGCUCCUGCGCUCCUGCACUCCUGCGCUCCUAUGCUCCUGCGUUCCUUCGCUCCUGCACUCCUGCGCUCCUGCGCUCCUGCGCUCCUGCGCUUCUGCGCUCCAGUGCUCCUGUGCUCCUUCGCUCCUUUGGUCCUUCGCUCCUGCGCUCCUGUGCUCCUCUGCUGCUGCGCUCCUGCGCUCCUCUGCUCCUGCGCUCCUGCGCUCCUCUGCUCCUGCGCUCCUUCGCUUCUGCUCUCCUUUGCUCCUGCGCUCCUGCGCUCCUGUGCUCCUGCGCUCCUUUGCUCCUGCGCUCCUUUUCUCCUGCGCUUCUGCGCCCCUGCACCCCUGCGCUGCUGCACGCCUGCGCUGCUGCGCUCCUUCGCUCCUGCGCUCCUUCGCUCCUGCGCUCCUUUGCUCCUGUGCUCCUUCGCUCCUGCGCUCUUGCGCUCCUGCACUCCUUCGCUUCUUAG